AUGGAGGCCCUUAAAACCGUGUUCUUCGGGCCCGAUCCUGCUGCCCAGAUGAGAAAAUGCAACAGCCUCAUCCGCGCCAACUCCCGCAAGCUAGAUCGGGACAUCGCCCAACUCAAGGCCCUAGAAAUCAAAACGAAGCAAUAUAUUGUCGCCGCAUCACGACGGGCAGAGCGUAACCCGUCGCAGGCUACACAGGCAGCCAAGGAGUCCCGUGUAUUCGCCCGUGAGAUGAUCCGCAUCCGAAAACAGAGCAGCCGGCUGACGACGAGUAAGGCGCAGCUGGAGAGCGUGAAGAUGCAGGUCAACGAGGCAUUCUCUGUACGGAAGAUUGAAGGAAGCCUCAGGGCUUCGACGGGAAUUAUGAAGAAUGUGAACCAUCUUGUGCGGCUGCCGGAGCUGGCGGGAACCAUGCACCAGUUGAGUAUGGAGCUUGUCAAGGCUGGUAUAAUCGAAGAGCUGGUCGACGAUAUGAUCCCCCAGGACCAGUUAUUGGAGGGCGAAGAGGAAGAGGCGGAUUCCGAAGUUGACAAGGUCCUUCAAGAAAUCUUGCAAGGCAAGCUGGCGAAGGUGGAAGGACUCAAGCCAGAAAACAAGGUGGAAGAGGGGCCAGUGGAAGAAGAAUUCGAGGAUCAGGAGGAAACUCUUGCUCAGAUGAGAGGGCGACUUGAGGCGUUGAAGAGUUGA